AUGCCAGGUGCAAAGAAAGGACCCACGGCUACAGUUCAGCCACGCAGAGAUGUGCUGGCCUCGCUGCGCAUGGCAUCAAUGGAAGACAUCUCCAGAGCUGCUCUUCCGGCAGAGAUUGUAUCCUCUAUUCUCGAUUAUGUCGGCCCCGUUGAUUUGAUACGAGCAGCACGGUCCUGCAAGCUCAUGCAUGAGAUGGCGUAUGAUGACACUCGAUGGGUACACAAAUUGAAACGAAUUGGGUGUUGGGAUGAAGCAGAUGCUAGAAAGCAUGCUGAGCUUGUGUUUGGGACAGUUGCCAACAUGGAGGUCGUCGAGCAGCAAGAGGAGGCCGAGCUGGGCGAUGGACCAGUCCCCGACAUCACCGUUAGCGGCGACCCUUCCAAUGACCUAAAAGAGAUAUCCGAUGGAUUUGAUAAGAUUGAAUUAGUGAACACAGCUGUUGAAACAGGUCAGGUCAAUACGGGGGAGGCGCGCCAGGAAUACGGCAAGAUUCAUGCUGCACUGGCGCCGUUUUAUGAGGAUAUCGCGCGAUCUGGACCAUCUUCUGAAAACUUGGUUUUCACGAAAUAUAAUGAUCCCCAGGCCCAGGCCCAGAUACUGGCACAAUUGCUCAUGUUCUCCAAAUCUGAUACGACGCAAGGAUGGGACGAGCGGGUGGAUCGUUUAGAGCGUACAAUAUCGAUGUUUGAGACUGCUGCGCUGAAGGAGUUCCGUCAGGGAUACGAGACAGAAGACAUUGAUGGGACUAUGCGGAAAUAUGCACAUAUUUUAUGGACACUCAAUGGCGGGCAAGCUGCCGUGGACCUUUUUAUCCAUCACAAUCACCUCAUGACUCGGAAAUCCGAGCUAGGAACCGUCGCUUCCUGCAUCGACGGAUCAACCGGCCAGGUCAAAAUGGAGCAGACGCAAGCUUUUUUCACACGUCUCAGCGUCGCCUUCAACGACGAAAUAUCCAUCAUGAACCGCGCAUUUCCCCCGGACUUGGACGUUACAUCAAAGUUCAUGACAAAAGUUGGCCAAGAUGUGUUGUAUCCUUUCCUCACGGCGAUAUUCGAUGAACUACAUCGUAUCAGCAUCGAGUCAUAUCUAAGUGCAAUAUCGGCGACUUUUGUUCAAUGCAUGAACCUCUCGGAGGCUCUGCUUCCUAUACGAGGCUCCGAUGAUAAAUUUGACGAGUAUCUUGAUAAUGUCGUCGUCAAGAUAUAUGAGCCACAUCUCGAUUUGUAUUUGGCAGAAGAGCUGGAUUUUUUUAAGAAAACCUGUGAAUCUACAGUGAGUGAGUGGGAUCGGCAUCUCUCUGAACAGGCGGCCUCGACGGAGUCUUUUUUGAUGUCAAAUGUUAAUCGCCAAGCCGACAAACGAGACUUCCUUACUUCCUUCAAAAAGGUGAUCAUGAUGCCGGUAAACAUCCUACCGAGCUUCUCAAGCGCCAAACCAAAUGAAGAGCCAAAAUUAGAUACGGAAACAAGCAGUCCAAAUCCGUCACAACCUUCCAAAAGUCCCAAUCGAUUUUCAACAAUACCGUCACCUGCCCCAGUCAUCGAGGAAGUCCCGACCACCGAGCUGGCAGCAAAAGCUGCCAUCAUGAAGUCGAAGAUGGAGGGUAUCCGCUCAUUGUUCAGUAUCGAGAUCGCACUUGGUCUAGUCCAUUCCGCCAAGUCCAGCUUGGAGAGAGCCGCCCAGUUUGUGCGACUUGGCGGUGAAUUUGGCCGUGCAGCGAAACAGCAAUGCGAAGCAAUCUUCGUGACGCUGCUACGUAUACUGGGACAACAGCAUGUGAUCGUUGGAUUCGAUAAGGCUGUCAGUCAUCUAUCCAACUACCGACCCCGCGAACAAGGCGAACGUGACCAAUCCGGGGUUGAGCCCCUCGUCACAUUUUUGGAGCUGGUCAAUGUUGGCGAUUUGAUUCUGCAGAUGAUGGAUGUAUUUUACGAGCAGGAGUUGAUCGGCUUGAGAUUAACUGAUAGAAACGAUUUUGUGGACCCUGCCAAUAAAGAAAAGAAGAAAUUCGAACAGAUGCUCGACGAACGUGUCGCAGCUGGUCUCAAUAAGGGAAUCGACGUUCUCAUGGAAGAGGUGGACUACAUUCUGGCAACACGACAACUAGCCACCGAUUUCAAUCCCGGCGUUUCCUCAGAUCCACACCGACAGACCAUGGACGUAGGCGUCAGCGAAGUCGCCGUCGCCGUUGUCGACGUGGUUUCAUCGCACACGCAGAUGCUAGUCGGGAGCACGGAUAAGAGCACACUAGAUGUGUUCAAUCAAGAAGUCGGGCUCCGCCUAUUUACCGCUCUAUGUAAACACCUCAAGCGACAGCGUAUCAGCGUGGAGGGAUCACUUAAGCUGAUCAGCGACAUGAAUCACUAUUUCAAGUAUAUCCAAACAUUACGAAACAACGAGCUGCUUCUCUAUUUCACGGCAUUCCGUGAGCUCGUGCAGAUUUACCUGAUCGAUCCUGGCCAUGCUAAGGAACUGGCGACUGUCAUCGCUGACGCGGAUCGAUUCCAUGGGAUUUGGCGUGUGGAGGAGGUCUAUGAAUUUGCUGAGCGCCGGGCUGACUGGUACCUUGUCAAGCGGGACGUGGAACGAGCUAUGUAUGGAAUUGGUUGCACUGUGAUGUAA